GGCUACAGAGUAAAAAAUCCAUCACUUUGGCCUCCAAAUUUAAAACCAUGCCCGAAACACCUUGUAAAAGACCACCUCUGGGCACUGUCAACGUUAAUGAAUCUUUUGAAAGUGCCAUGGUUAAUAACUCAUUUGAAUCGUCCAAUGCAUCAACCGUGUUAAAUUCCUCUGCUCACAAAAUGGCCACUUCGUCAGUAGCCAAAUCGACAAGAACUGGGAGCAGCUCAUCGGAGAUAGUAUCUCCAGACUCUUCCAAAAUGUCGCCGAUUUCAAUUGACGGGAUCACCAGAGCUGCUAGAAGUAGUGGUGGUUCGAAUGGAAGCGGACGCCCUGUUUCAAGAAGUCAAAAGGCAAUCAACACAUCUGAUUUGGAAAGCUGUAUUUUGAGAUUCACCAACGAGUUUGAUGAUUUAUAUGAUGAUGAAAGUCACCACAGUACAAGCAUCUUUCGAGAUGGAAGUGAAACAAAGGCACAUUCACCAGCGACUCGAACAGAGAAUACUUCUCCCGAUGGCUGCAGGAGACCAUUGCAAGGUUUGAGCAAUACGAGGAAUGCUUUUAGCGAGUUUGGAACUCAAAAUAAUUCUCAUAAGGGACAAGCAUUAUUCAACCGCCAUAAAUUGUCGAAUGAAUCAUCCCAUGAAGAUUUUAUGGAUGAAGACCUUGAUUUGGAGAAUAUCGACGAGAUGAACUUUGAUGGUUUUUCUGAGUUUGGAUCGCUGGAAAAUUUGCCUCCCACUCCUACUCGUUUGGGUGCGCCACACAGUCAACAUGGUACCAGAGGAGCACACAAUUACUUAGACGGAAGUACGCCUACGAAACACAAUUCAAGCUGGCACACGGCUUACUCUCAUUGUUCGACCCAUAACAUGUUCAGCUCGGGAAAAAUGGGAGAACGUAUCAAUAUGGGUCCUCCAAAACUGUCAUCCGUGACUGCCCAUAGCCCCAAAACUCCCGUGGAUCCCUCAUUCACUCAAACAUUUCAGAGUACACACAACUCGGACUCGCAUGCUGAUCUAACGUCGGAGAGUUCAUCCACGUUCUCACUUGCGAACUAUGGAGCUCACACUCAGCCAUUAGCUUUCGAUGAAUCCUUGGAGAAAAAAAACCAAAUUGACUACCACUUGAUGUCAAAGUUUGGAAAUUGUAGUUUGAUAGGGGCAGGAGAGUUUUCUGUGGUGUAUGAGAUACAAUACGAAGGUAUCAAAUAUGCAGUCAAGAGAACAA